ACAGUGCUGUUUGAAUGAUCAGUCCUGCAGUCUCAGAAGACUCCCGAUCAAUGUCAUCCCCUCCAGGCUCACAAUCUUUCCUAUCUCUAUAACCUUCGCCAGUGUCACACGCCUCCCUGUCACUGUAAUCUCCUCCAGCCUCGCAACUAGAUAUGGUUGGAAGAAGGGUCUUUUGACCCAGACACCUCCACUUGAGUUCGCAGUACAUCGGACACGACCGGGUGAUUGGGUCAUGAUCGAAGCCCGGAAAGAUACCAAACUGCACCCAAGCUGGGAGGGACCGUUCCUAACCCUCCUGACUACUGAAACAGCCGUCCGUACUGCUGAAAAAGAUUGCUUCCUCUGGACUUUGAUACCUAUGUAUGAGACUGCCCAAGCAGGAAGAGAAAUACAAAAGUUGGCGCCUUCCCUGGAGGAGUUUGCCAACAAUACUGCCGAUGCGUUGGCCGAGACUCAAUCCCAAGAGGCGGCCAUAAUGACUGAAAUGAUUGCCACCAGGCUAAAGACUCUUCAGAAUGGGAUGGCUCUAGAUUGUAUUCUGACAGAGAAAGGUGGUACCUGUGUCCUAACUGGGGAGGAAUGUUGUACAUACAUACCUGAUGUUUCCCAUAACAUUACUGAUAUCUCCCAACACGUACGAGACAAAAUCGCCAAAAUAAGGGAGGCCAGUAACUGAUACCGGAAUGAAAAAGGCUGGGAAUGGGGAAUUGGGGAUUACCUGGUUGGGGAGAGUGGUUGGUUAAUUUGGCCAUUUAUGGAUUAUUGAUAUUAGUGGGUCUGGUAGUGGGAUUUAAUGUCCUUAAAUGGAUACUGAACCAAUUAAUGACAUCUCUAGGGGAACGAACCCCAGUACAUCACCAGAUGCUUUUACAAUCAGCAGAUGGUAUGCAACAAAGAGAAAGUCAAAGAAUGCUUCUAGAGUUCGAAAAACGAACAUCACAAAGAGUGGUUUAAGGGUUAACCGUGUACAAGAUUGUGAACCUCAACGCCAGCAAGCGUAAGAGGGCAGAAAAUGGGAAAAUGAAUUUAAAAAAGAGGCUUAAUUAGUGCAGAAACAACAGUUUGAGGAAAAGAAAAAGGGGGAAUUGUGAGAGAUUAAACAUGUUGUUUCUGCAGGUAAGGAUGAAUAGUGGGGUCUUGCAGGAGCAGAAAUUCACAAGAAUUUGUAGCAGAAGUUUAUCAUUAACCAGAGACUGCAAAGAUGGCAGUUAGCACGACCAGAAACAUUCUUUCUGCAGACAAGGACAUGGUAGAGAUAAGGGUGUUGUAGCAGUGGCUUAUUUCUGCAAACCUGACGAUUCGCACGUACAGCAUGUCUAGCGCUCUUUAGGAUAGCAAAUAAGGAUUGCAGUAAAAAAAGGGAAUGGGGCCUUCAGCCGGCAGAAAAGGGAACAAUAAACAAGGGCUGUCUGACAGGAUGGGGAAUGAUAGGAUAAGACCAAUGGGAGCAGGG